GUCUGAGUGUGAAACAGCAAGGCGAUGGAGGUGGAGCAGAAAGACAUUUCCGAGGAUGCCCCGCCCAAGGGUAACUCGCACGCGCCCAAACGCGGUAGGGGGCGGCCCCGUGGCGCGGUAGCAAAAAAGCCCACGAUUGUCAUGGUGCCAUACAAGCGUGCCAGGGUUUCGAAAACGGUUGACCUGUUUUCCCCCGACACGGUUCUAAUGACCAAAGUUAGGAAACGCGGCCGUCCUAAGAAGAACAAAGUCCGAGGAAGGCCGAGAAAGACCCCUUUGACGCCCGAGCAGGAGGCGGAGAGGAGUCUAAAGAGGGGCCAGGUGAGGAGGCGUAAGCUGUCAAAGCCCCUUGGGAGACCCCGUAUCCAUCCGCGGGUAGAUCCGUCAGACGUCCCCAAAGAACGGAGAGGAAGAGGGCGGCCUCGGAAAUACCCGCCCAAUCCGGACGUUCCUUUACAAAAGAGCUUGACUAGCGGCGGAAAGAAGGGACACCCUCCGAAGGUGGUCGACGGAGUUCCUCGAAAACGCGGGAGGCCCCUGGGAUCAGUGAAAAAGAAGAGGGGCCGUCAGCCGGGUUCAGCGGCCGUCACUCAAGCCAUUGACAACACCCCUCGAAAAAGGGGCCGACCCCUAGGGUCAGGGGGCCCAACAAAGGUCACAGUCCCCACGACGACAGACGGCGAACCAAGAAAAAGAGGACGUCCACGAGGCUCUGGGGCUGCACCGAAGCAAGCGCCCGUAGAUGGAGUACCUCGGAAAAGGGGGAGACCCCCGGGCUCUGGUGCCUCAACAAAGGUUCCCCCCCAGACACAAAACGGCGUGCCCAGAAAGAGGGGACGGCCUCCGGGCUCAGGUAAAGCCAAGGUGGCUGUGAAGGAGCCAUCUUCAGACAAUGAUCCUGGCAGCGCCCCCACUUCCAACGCCGAACCCCGUAAGCGGGGCCGGCCCCUCGGUUCUACCAAAGCCAAAAAGGCUGCGAUGAAAUUAGCUGCCUCUGCCAUCACAGUGACAGAACAGACGGAGUCCGGUGACUUGCCCCCAGCCAAACGGCCCAAAGUCUCAGAGACACAGUGGACGGCGCCAGUCGAAUCCCUAAGUGACAACGAGGCGGAUGACGGAGACAGAGAAAGUGCCAACCAUCAGCAGGCCGUGAGUCGCGGUUCCGCGGCUGUUGGAGAAGAACAGACGGGAGCCAAGGGACAAGGAGAAGCAGCCAGCACCAACAGCCAGGAGGAGGAUGCCCGGAUGAACGCGGCGGAGGAGGAGGAAGAGGUCCCGGUCAUCAAACAGGGCGGAAGCAGCAAAAAGAGUGCCUCUUCAAGAGCAUCAUCAGGAAAGACCAAGUCCAGGCAGUAAGACAGAGCGGGAAUGUUUUUGCUCCGGGACGGGCCGUGGUCCGUCGUUAGGGGCGUGUUAAGGGGGACAGUGCCAUUUUUGGAAUGUGUUUUUAACAGAAUUGCUCAACUUUCAUAUUAUUUUUUUAUUCCCGUGUAAGAUUUUAAGAAAGGGUAUG